GAUCUACAAAAAGCUGCAGAAAAACUUCAAAAUUUCUUCACUCUCAUCCCCAAAAUCUCACUUAUUAAAUUUUUAGUAGCAGCAGAGAAGCCCUUCUCAUCACAUUCUACCAUCGAAGACGAUAUGGUUCACAUCAGCAACAGCCUCACAAGUUUUCUCAACUUUCUCACCCUCUUCAUCUCCAUCCCCAUAAUCGGCAUCGCGCUCUGGCUCCAUUAUCAAACCGCCUCCGACUGCGAACAAACCCUCCUAUGGCCGAUUAUCAUCACCGGCCUCUUUUUAAUGGUGGUGGCGUUACUCGGCCUCGUCGAAUCUUGCUGCAAUGCGUCGUGUUUUCUAUGGACUUAUCUCUUUGUCAUGUUUGUGAUGAUUGUCGGGCUAUUCUGUAUCACCGUAUUCUCCAUUGUCGUCGCCAAUAAAGGAGUUGGUGAGGCGGUCUCGGGGAAGGGAUAUAAAGAGUAUAAGCUCGGGGAUUAUUCGAAUUGGUUGCAGAACAGGGUGGGGGAUUUCCAGUCUUGGAGAAGGAUUAAGAGCUGUUUGAUUGAUGCUAGGGUUUGUGGAGGACUUCAGCUUUUGGUCUUUCAAAAUUCUAAUGAUUUGUACUCUCCAGCCUUAUCCUCCAUUCAGUCAGGUUGCUGUAAGCCGCCGUUAUCUUGCGGGUACAAACAAGUGAAUGCCACAACCUGGAAAGUCCCAAAAUCAGGUCCCAAUUCGAAUGAUGCUGAUUGCAAAACAUGGAGCAAUGAUCAGAACAUUCUCUGCUUCGAUUGCAGCUCGUGUAAAGCUGGUGUUCUUGCAAAUAUAAAGGUACAGUGGAGGAAAAUUGCAAUUUUCAAUGUCUGUCUCCUUGUGUUUCUGAUUGCCACUUACUCAAUUGGAUGCUGUGCUUUGAGAAAUAGUUGUAAAGAUGACCAAUAUUUGCGUUAUAAUUAGAUUCAUUUAGAGUAGGGGGUUUGUGUUGAUGAGUUCAUGCAAGAAGGUGAAAACAU